AAGUGUGUGUUUUGUAGUCCGUUGUUUGUACCCGGUGUUGUAACAUGAAGUAAGGUCAGACAGACAGAGGCUGUUUAAAGGAGCUAACACCGCUUUAAGGAUGAAGAAAGCAUGUAACGCAGUUUUAAAUUACUCUUUAAUCCCUGAGUUAUGAUUGGCUGACAGAAACAAACGGCGGGAAGAGUUUGAAUCAGAAACAGGUCCUCCGUCCAUCCACAACAACUCAGUGCUUGAAAACCAGGAAAUCGGAGCUCCUCCUGCACACCCUGCGUUGGACAGGCAUGAGUCGUUUUGCCUGAAAGUGAGAUCAGACAAACCCAGAGAGGAACAGCGGUCUGUGAGCUGACCCUGUUUUGCCAAAACCUUAUAUUUACAGAGGGAUGUUCAAGCUUUCCCUGUUUGACUUACUAAAAUCAGACUCCUACCACAGCAGCAUCUAGUGGACACUAGAGGAACUGCAGCUGAAGAUACUCUCCUUCCGACCUGGCGUUUGUUGUGUCUGUUUAAGAAGAGUCAGUGAGGCAGAGUUUGUGCGAUGGUUCGGCACAGUAAGCUGCAGAUCCAGAUCCUGUCUCUGUAUCGUCAGUUCCUGCGGGCGGGUCAGGACAAACCGGGCUUCAUCCCUCGAAUCCGAGACGAGUUCAGACAGAACGCUCAGAUCAAGAAGACGGACGUGAUGCACAUCGAGUACCUGUUCCGACGAGCACAGAGGCAGCUGGACCAGCUGAAGGACGUCAACACCAAACAGCUCGGGUCCUUCUCCAAACCUGAAGAGAAGAGCUGACCUCUGACCUCUAUGACAUCAUGGGACCCUGAACUACUCCGACAUAUACCUCACAAAGACUCGGUCACUGGUGCUGAGAUGCUGCGCUCAUGUUUAGUGGGGACGGCAGUACUCAGUGUGGAAGGAGCUGAUGUGAUCAUAAAGUAACAUGUUAAAUCAGCUGAAGUACAGCAAAGUGAAAAUGUUCAUUGUGACUGUUUAGACUUUCAAAAUAAAUUAACUUCAAUAAACUCA